AUGACAACACCAAUAUCAAUUGAAGACAUUCGUAGAGAGGUCAAAAUCCUCAAAGCCUUGUCCAACCAUAAUAAUCUUGUCAAAUUUUAUGAUGCAUGUGAGGAUGCACUUAACGUCUACGUAGUCAUGGAAUUAUGUGAAGGUGGAGAAUUAUUAGAAAGAAUUUUAUCCAGAGGUGGAAGGUACUCAGAGGAGGAUGCAAAAGCUAUAGUUAUUAAAAUACUGAGUGUAAUCGCCUUUUGUCAUCUUCAAGGUGUUGUGCAUCGUGAUUUAAAGCCAGAGAAUUUUCUUUUCACCACCAGAGAUGAAAAUGCUCAGAUGAAGUUGAUUGAUUUUGGCCUUUCCAAUUUUGUUAAACCAGGUGAGCAUUGUUUAGUGGCAUGGUCUAGUUAUGCUAUCCAAAGCCUAACAGAGGAUCAGCUGUUUUAUCUAAGAUCACAGUUUAAGCUGCUAGCACCAAAUGGAGAAGGUCACAUAUCGUUCGACAACUUUCGAAUGACCCUAUUGCAAAAUGCAACCGAGGCAAUGAAGGAGAGUAAGGUUAUUGAUAUCUUAAUUGUGUUGGAGCCACUCUCGUACAGAAAGAUGGACUUUGAAGAAUUCUGUGUUGCUGCAAUCAGUCCCCAUCACCUCGAGGCCUUGGAUGUGUGGGAACAAAUGACAAGUACGACUUUUGAGCACUUCGAGCGGGAGGGGAACCGAGCCAUCACCGUUAAGGAGCUAGCUCAGCCUCGUGCAGUAGCUUUUGGCUCCGGUUACAACCAUAGUGGCGUUUACGUUUGCCCGUUGGAGUUGGGUUUGAUGUGGUGA